CUUGGGUCGGGCUGGCCGCGGGCGCUGCCGCCAUUUUGCUCGCGCUGAGCUGAGGCGGUUGCCGUCGCGACGUCCGCCGGUGCCCGGAGCGGGAGAGACGCGCGAGGCCUUCGUCGCGGGCGGCUCCCCCUCGUCGCCGCCGCCGCCAUCAUGCCGUCGUCGCCGCUGCGAGUGGCCGUGGUGUGCUCGAGUAACCAGAACCGAAGCAUGGAGGCGCACAACAUCCUCAGCAAACGAGGAUUCAGUGUCAGAUCCUUUGGAACAGGAACUCAUGUGAAACUCCCAGGACCAGCACCAGACAAGCCGAAUGUUUAUGAUUUCAAAACAACAUAUGAUCAGAUGUACAAUGAUCUUCUUAGGAAAGACAAAGAACUCUAUACACAAAAUGGUAUUUUGCACAUGUUGGACAGAAAUAAGAGAAUCAAGCCCCGGCCAGAAAGAUUCCAGAACUGUAAAGAUUUGUUUGAUCUCAUCCUUACCUGUGAAGAAAGAGUCUAUGACCAGGUAGUAGAAGAUUUAAAUUCCAGAGAGCAAGAGACCUGCCAGCCGGUGCAUGUGAUUAAUGUGGACAUUCAAGACAACCAUGAAGAAGCCACUCUUGGAGCCUUUCUCAUUUGUGAGCUCUGUCAGUGUAUACAACACACGGAAGACAUGGAGAACGAGAUAGACGAGCUGUUACAGGAAUUUGAGGAGAAAAGCAGCAGGACUUUCCUCCACACGGUCUGCUUUUACUGAUGCCUGCCCUGUUUUCCCAGGCCUUGGAGUUGAACGAAGCAUGUGGGUCAAGUUUUCUGACUAUUCCCUACUCUCCCUGAAGACCACCUUCAAAUCUUCCUUUUGUUAAUACUUUUUUCCUUCACUGUGUUUGUUUUUACUUUCAGGUAUUCUGCCAGAAGGAGGCAGUAUUACCCAAAAUAAAUUGUACAUAUAAAAUAAGAAGAGAGAGAUACAUAAAGGCCAUAUGAAAAAAAAUCAAGUUUUUUUUCCUAUCCCACUUUUCCUUGUUACAAGUGGGAUAUUAAUUAUAAUGAGGAUCUUUUUUCUUUUAAUGGAAAAAAAAAAGGUUUAUAUUGUAUUUUUUCCAGCUUAUUCAUUUCUUUAUAGUUGUGCAUUUUUCUUUACUGUAAUUGGCUGGAGUAUACAAAGACCUGAAUGAAACAGUGGAGUAUCUAUUACUAGUUAUGAACUUGGUGCUGUCCUCUGCCAGUUCAUCACUCCCUUUUUCUGAACCUGGAUCCAGUUAUGUUGCACUAAGGGGAGGUUGUUUGAUGGAAGCCUGGAAUCAGGAUCGGUUCUGAAAAAGGAGAUUUAUUAGUGAGUAGGGCACAGCAGCAGAGCUAUCGCUCUGACUGGCCAGGGACCCAGGCCCUCGGGUUGCCCUCCUCUUCACUCAGAAAUGUUGCUGUUGGACACAACUGGUCUUGGUGUGCUAGGAAGUUCAGCACAGUCUCUGAGCAAACCUUACUGUGGUUGGUUUUGUUUUGUUUGUAAUUUAAAAAAAAAAAAAAAAAGUAACAAGUUCCCAGAAGGGCUCCUUGUUUUGUGACUUAAGAAAAUCUUCCAAGCAGGAAGGAGCCACCUUGGGCCCCCUUGGGUGCCUGUUCCACAAAAGCUUCCUCAGCACCUUGGAGAGCUCCAGGGCCCCCAUCAGUGGAGGGGCCCAGUUGGGCAGCUCUGUUCACUUCAUUCUGGCUGCAGGUCUCUUCACACUUUUUGUAUAGAACCUAUUUGCUGCUCGGAGCAACAAAGAUGCUCCCCUCGUGCUGGAUGACAAGAGUAGGAUAAUUUACUGAAACCACACUGGUCAGGAAGAUGGCCUUGAUUCAAAAGCCCUGGUGCUCUACCCAUUUGGGUCUGGUCCACAGUGGGGUCUGACUCCUCAUUCCCAAGGCUGCAGAAGAGAAUGUGAGGAGCAGUUUGCUGAAGAGCCCGUGGAAGGAAUGGGGGAUGGUGGACGUGUCUUUGGCAUCCACCUCCCAGAGGUCCAAGAUGGGGCCUCCGAAUGCCUUGUCUUCCUUAAAUAACCCUUGCCGGAUCUGUCGAAUACAAGC